GCAAUGUGCGGUAUUAACGUCUCUCGUCUAACAGUGUCGAUCGCGCAUCACUUUACAUCCAUGUACUACAUGCCAGAUCUGCAUUCGACGGUACUCGCGGAAGUUCUCACCGGACACUCCCCGCGCUGUCCUCGUGCUCAUGCACACCAUGCAUAUACCUGUUCCCGACCUUGUCCCUACCCCAACACACAUUCCAGGACAAGACCCGAUCGGCACUCGCACUCACUCUGCGGGAUCUCGCCUGCCGCCGCUGCAAUCAGCCGUGUUUCUGGAACAUAGGAUCGACAGCACUGCAUACUCACCACCCAAGCCCGCAUCCAAAAUAUCACAGACACCGGUUUGGCAAGAAGGCAGUUACAUCACCACGCAUGCAGCCCGUGCGACGUACUCUGGUCCGCAUCCCACGUUUCCCCCGUCGAAGCACACACGCUCGACAGUACGACCGAGACCACGAUCAAAGUUUAGCUCGCAGGUUCCGACUUCCCCGACGCACCACCUGCUCUCCACCAAACCCCCAAGUUCGCUUUGACAGACUGCGGCGCCACUCCGGCACCAUCCAAGCGAGCCCUAGUGCAUCAAGUUUACCACGACACUUGUCAACUCUCGUGUCGAUAAGACAAGUGAAGUCA